AUGAUCCCACUCAAUGGCGUCGUCGCGUGCUACGAGAGUUCACACGUGCCGCUGGCGCUUGUAUGCGCCUCGCCCAGAGUUCGGUGGGCCCUCGAAGAGGGCGCAGAGGGGCCAGUGGCGGUAGGAGCAUGGAGUCUGCGGCUCGCACGUGACGGCACUCGCCGCGUCACAUGGCGGCCGCCCGUCGCGCUGCGUCAUCUAAACAUGGCAGGUGCGAUGCGCUCUGUGGCAUGGUGGUGUAAUCGUCCCGCGGCAAACAGCAGCGAAUACCUCCCAACAGAGCUUGGCAUUGUUGCUGCUGGAGAACAUAUCGGAAAAUGUCUCCAUGGGGUGUUUGCAUUUCGCUCGCUCGUCGCGUUGUCGCUCCGCCGCGCAGACAUUGAGGAUGUAAACGUGCUUGGGAAGCUGCCCAUGUUGAAGAAGCUUGAUUUGGUUCAAGCACGUGUGGUUGACUGUGGUAUUGUAGGGCUUGGAGAAAGCAUGAGUUUGGUGGAUGUGGAUCUGUGGGGCUGCUCUGCACUCACAGACGUCAACACACUCGGCAGCAUUCCCACGCUGGAACGGUUGGUGCUUGCCGAGACGCGGGCCUCGGAUAGCGGCAUUGCUGGCCUGUCGAACAGCUCAAGCCUCCGUGAGGUCAACUUGGAAGUGUGUAAUGUUGUCAAGAGUGUGGGAAUCUUCGGCAGGCUUCCGACGUUGCAGACGUUACUUCUGGUCACAACACUUGUCGACAGCAGUGGCAUUUCAGAGCUUCGUCAAAGCAGGAGUCUCGUGGAAAUCGAUCUUUGGGGUUGCGAUGCCGUGGAUGACGUUGGUCCUUUAGGAAGCAUACCGACACUGCGAAGGUUGGACCUUUUCGGCACCUCUGUGACGAACGAGGGCAUUAUUGGACUGGGGGCGAGCCGCAGCCUGGAGGAAAUUGACCUCACGCGAUGUGAGGCUGUUAGUGAUGUGAAUGUCUUGGCGAACAUUCCGACAUUGCGGCACCUCGUGCUUUUGCACACAUCUGUGCAUGACGUCGCAGCGCUGUUCAUGAUGCUACAGGUGACGGUGGUCAUGUAA